AUGGCUUUGGCCCGAUUCUAUGGCCUCCCUAAGGUGCACAAAGACGGCGCUCCUCUCCGACCCAUCGUGUCGCUCAAAGGGACUCCAAAGUACGGACUGGUUAAGUGGCUGUUCGGGCGUCUCAAGUUCCUGACCGUUGAGUCAGACACCACGGUCUCUUCGUCAGCACAAUUCCUGGAGAAACUCAAAGGGGUAAGCAUCCAUCCAAAUGAGGUCAUUGUAUCUUUUGAUGUUACAUCCCUCUUUACUUCUAUUCUCCAGGACCUGGCGAUCGAGACAAUUGAGCUGCUACUAUUCAAUUCAAUUUAAUUCAAUUAUUUUUAUUAAAGACCCGUCGGGGUCCCAUCAAAGCAAGUAACAAUAAAUUUACAUGCGAAUUUUAGACGAGGUAGGCAAAAUCUGUACAAAGUGCAAUACAUAGUUUUUGAGAUUAGAAGUCCGUUAAGCAAAAUAAAAAACAAGGGGUGAAAAAACUCCAAAGCAAAAUUUAAAAAUGAUUGUAGCAAUUUAACAGGAGAAAAAAACCUUAAAAAAUAGCAUAAGAAAAAUGCAGGGAGGAAUGGCCUGCAUGUGGCGGUACAGAAUGGAAUAUAGUCAGACAUCAACAUGGCCGAAAUAAAUGUCAGCUGUAUAUGGCAUUAUGUAACGGAUUUCAUAAAAUGGUACGUAGGCGGGUCGGUCAGGACUGGUCUGCAUCGCCUUGAAUAAGAAAAAUAAGGGGCGAAAUUGAAAACCAGUCUCGAGGCGAUAGGAACCCAGCUGCGGUCGGUUUCAUUCAUCAAAGUCCAUCCGAGGAUAGGGCAAAGGAGAUGAGACCAGAUUACUAGUAUAUGGCGAAUAUAGAAGGCUUCGUCAAGAGCGUCGAUGGAGCGCAUUAUGUGAGGUCAUCAUGAAGAUCAGUCUCGAGGAGAUAGGAACCCAAAUGCGGUCGGUUACAUUCAUCCGAGUCCAACCGAAGAUGGGGUAAGGGCGAUGCGACCAGACUACUAGUAUAUGGCGAAUACAGAAGGCUUCACCAAGAGCAUCGAUGGUGCGCAUUCUGUGAGGGCACGAUGCAUGAACUGGAAAAUUGGAAUAAUUAACAUUUCUGGUGAGGACUGGCUAAGUGGCUGUUCGGGCGUCUCAAGUUCCUGACCGUUGAGUCAGACACCACGGUCUCUUCGUCAGCACAAUUCCUGGAGAAACUCAAAGGGGUAAGCAUCCAUCCAAAUGAGGUCAUGGUAUCUUUUGAUGUUACAUCCCUCUUUACUUCUAUUCCCCAGGACCUGGCGAUCAAGGCAAUUGAGCUGCUACUACAAAGAAAAUAUGAUGAAACGGAGAACCGUCUUAGACACGCCCAAAUCCUUCAGCUCCUGAAGCUCUGUCUGAGGACGUAUUUCACGUUCAACGGGACAAUCUACGAACAGGUGAAGGGCACACCAAUGGGUUCGCAGAUUUCGGGAUUCAUCGCCGGGGCGGUCCUGCAACGGUUAGAAUCGCUCGUCUUCCAACACCACAGACCGAAAUUCUGGGUCCGGUAUGUGGAUGCCACCUUCGUCGUUAUCGAACGGGAUCAGGUGUUGACAUUCCAAGAACAUCUCAACGCCGUCUUCCCGGACAUUCAAUUUAUGAUGGAGGAGGAAGAGAACAACCAGCUGGCCUUCCUGGAUGUCCUCGUAUGCCGCAAAGAUUGUAGUGAACUAAAAACCGAAGUGUUCAGGAAAGCGACAAAUACGAUGCAAGUACUGAACUUCAACAGUAACCACCCAGUCGGCCACAAACGCAAUUGUGUAAGGACGCUCUAUCGGCGUGUCGAAACGCACUACAGUGAGCCGGGAGACAAAAUUGCUGAACUACAAUACCUCCGACGGGUCUUCAAAGCCAAUGGCUAUCCGCGCAACUUCGUCGACCGGUGCAUACGCAAAAGGGACGAGAGGCUCAACCGCACGGACACCAAAUCUUGGCGGGCCCUUCCGCAUGUCAAGAACGUUUCGGAAGCUGUCGGCCGCCUUCUCGCACAACUUGGGGUUGGAGUGGCACACAGACCGGAGGCAACAAUCAGGCGUCUGGUCAUGAAACCGAAAGACCCACUGCCACGGCUAGAAACGUCUGGAGUCGUUUAUCGGAUCUGGUGCAGUUGCGGACAAAGCAACUACGUCGGAGAAACCGGAUGA